GCUUGGAACGCGGCGGUAGCGGCGGCGCACUUUCCCCGGCUGUAGCUGGACAAGGCUGUAGCGCGGCGCGGCGCCGCUCGAGCGGGAGGGACCGGUUGACUGCAGUAGAGUCGGAGGGAAUCCCGGGCUGCGGAGCUGCGCCGGCGGGGAAGCCCUUCGGUUUCCUGUGCACCAAGAGAGUAAGGCGGGGGGUCUCCCGAGACCGCCACCGGCCCCCUCGGUCCCGACAGGACCGCGCGGAGCGCGCCCCCCGAAGGCAGCCCCGGGCCCGUGGCCCUGACUUGGUCCCGCGCGCCGGGCGCCGGGCAGCUCAGAGGGAGGAAACAAGAGGGGCCGCCCUCCCCGCGGAGUUGGAAGCGCUUUCGCUCGGUCCAAAAUGCCCAAGAAGAAGCCGACGCCCAUCCAGCUGAACCCGGCCCCCGACGGCUCCGCGGUUAACGGGACCAGCUCGGCGGAGACCAACCUGGAGGCCUUGCAGAAGAAGCUGGAGGAGCUGGAGCUCGAUGAACAGCAGCGGAAGCGCCUCGAGGCCUUUCUUACCCAGAAGCAGAAGGUGGGGGAACUGAAGGAUGACGACUUUGAGAAGAUCAGUGAGCUGGGUGCCGGCAAUGGAGGUGUGGUGUUCAAGGUCUCCCACAAGCCGUCUGGCCUGGUCAUGGCCCGAAAGCUAAUUCACCUGGAGAUCAAACCUGCAAUCCGGAAUCAGAUUAUAAGGGAGCUGCAGGUUCUACAUGAGUGCAAUUCCCCCUACAUUGUGGGCUUCUACGGCGCAUUCUACAGCGAUGGUGAGAUCAGUAUCUGCAUGGAGCACAUGGAUGGGGGUUCCUUGGAUCAAGUCCUGAAGAAAGCUGGAAGAAUUCCUGAACAAAUUUUAGGAAAAGUUAGCAUUGCUGUGAGUAAUAAAGGCCUCACAUACCUGAGGGAGAAGCACAAGAUUAUGCACAGAGAUGUCAAGCCUUCCAACAUCCUAGUAAACUCCCGUGGGGAGAUCAAGCUCUGUGACUUUGGGGUCAGUGGGCAGCUCAUCGACUCCAUGGCCAACUCCUUCGUGGGCACAAGGUCCUACAUGUCGCCAGAAAGACUCCAGGGGACUCAUUACUCUGUGCAGUCGGACAUCUGGAGCAUGGGGCUCUCUCUGGUUGAGAUGGCAGUCGGGAGGUAUCCCAUCCCUCCUCCAGAUGCCAAGGAGCUGGAGCUGAUGUUUGGAUGCCACGUGGAGGGAGAUGCAGCUGAGACACCACCCAGGCCAAGGACCCCGGGGAGGCCCCUCAGCUCUUAUGGAAUGGACAGCCGACCUCCCAUGGCAAUUUUUGAAUUGCUGGAUUACAUAGUCAAUGAGCCUCCUCCCAAACUACCCAGUGGAGUAUUCAGCCUAGAAUUUCAAGAUUUUGUGAAUAAAUGCUUAAUAAAAAACCCUGCAGAGAGAGCCGAUUUGAAGCAACUCAUGGUUCAUGCUUUCAUCAAAAGAUCUGAUGCUGAGGAAGUAGAUUUUGCAGGUUGGCUCUGCUCCACCAUCGGCCUUAACCAGCCCAGCACACCCACCCAUGCGGCUGGUGUCUAAGCAUUUGGGAAGUGGCAGAGUCCCCUGCCCAGUGGCAUGUCAUGUUGCUUCUGGGCCUCUUUCCCAUGCCUGUCUCUGUUCAGACGUGCAUUUCACCUGUGACAAAGGAUGAAGAACAUAGCAUGUGCCAAAAUCCUAUUCGUGUCAUUUUUAAUAUUAUUGUCCUUCUUAUUACUACUGUUAUUCCCCUAAGUGGAUUGGCUUCGUGCUUGGGGCUAUUUUUGUGUAUGUCAGUGAUCAGAACAUGUGCAGUGCUGAAUUACAGUGAAACUUUGCUGACUAUGGGCAGUCAUUCUUACUGAAAACUGCACUGCUCUCCCACACCGUGACUGGCUGGCCGCCUGUAUUUUCAGGAUUCUUUGACACUUGGUGGUACUUCAUUCUUGCCAGGUAUACCUUCUUUCUAAUUGAGUAGGAAGGGCCCUGUAAGAUCCUUCACAGGCAGUGCAUGUGAAGCAUGCUUUGCUGCUAUGAAAAUGAGCAUCAGAAAGUGUAUAUCACAUUAUUUUAUUAUGGUUUUGCUUUUGGUGUAGAAAACAGCAAUUUCCAUCAAAAUCUAGCCAGAGCCCUUCACUGCCAUGAUAGCUGGGGCUUCACCAGUCUGUCUACUGUGAUGAUUUGUAGACUUCUGGUUGUAUUUCUAUAUUUAUUUUUAAAUAUACUGUGUGGGAUAUUUAGUGAUAUGUCUCUUUAAGUUUGAAUUAGUGUUUCUAAAAUGGUGGAGUUACUUUGAAUGUUACAAAUGGAUCAAGGCAUUAAAAUGUAUGAGAUUUAUCUUUCCCCAAAUCUAAGUACUGAUGCUAUUGUAAACAAAAGUGUGUAUAGUGCCUAAAAACUGUAUGAAAAUCCUUUUACCAUUUUAAUCCAGAUGUUUAACAAAUCUAAACUCUUAUUCUAAUAAAUACACUAUCAAAUUCAAA